AUGCGCGGUGCCAUGCAGCGUGCGCUGAGGGCGCUGCUCCGGGAGCCGCCGCCAUGGCGGCCCCGCCGCCCCCUGCCCGGCCUGAGGGGCCCGGCCCGCUCCGCCCCGGGGCUUCUCUGCGGGCCUGCCCGCCCGCUCUGCACCGGCCAGGGACAGCGCUGGAGCCCGGCCCGCCCGCUCUGCACCGGCCAGGGACAGCGCUGGGGCCCGGCCCGCCCGCUCUGCACCGGCCAGGGGCCGCCGCCAUCCACGCACUAUCGCCUGGUGUACACCUGCAAGGUGUGCCAGACCCGUUCAGCCAAAUCCAUCUCUAAGGCUGCCUACCACCAAGGGGUGGUGAUCGUGACCUGUCCUGGCUGUGGGAACCACCACAUCAUCGCCGACAACCUGGGCUGGUUCUCCGACCUGGAGGGAAAGAGGAAUAUCGAGGAGAUCCUGGCAGCCAGAGGGGAGCAGGUGAGACGUGUGGCUGGGGAGGAGGCGCUGGAGCUGCUGCUGGAGAGCCCUGCAGAGCCCCAGGGGCAGCUGGCACAGGGGGACAAGGAGGAAGCCCCCCCAGGUCCUGGCAGCAAGGGACACACCUGACAUGUGAGAUGGUGGCCUGUUGGACAGACCUGCCACGUGGGAUUUGGGACAUUCUGCUUGGACUCUUCACCUUCAUUCCCUGAGUUCAGCUGUUUCUAAAAUAAACUCGGGCGUUGGGUUUUC